UCCCGCUCCCUCAUCCAAAGCUCCCAUAAUUUUCCGUUUGUUUCUGGAGAAGUGUCAAGUUAUCUUCAUUAAUGGAUACCGGAGGAAAGUUGAAGAAAGGUGCCGGAGGAAGGAGGGGAGGUGGCCCCAAGAAGAAGCCGGUGUCUCGCUCCGUCAAAGCCGGUCUCCAGUUCCCCGUCGGAAGGAUCGGUCGCUACUUAAAGAAGGGAAGGUAUUCCCAACGUGUUGGCACCGGAGCUCCGGUUUACCUCGCCGCCGUGCUCGAAUAUCUUGCCGCUGAGGUGUUGGAGUUGGCUGGAAAUGCUGCUAGAGAUAACAAGAAAAACAGAAUCAUCCCAAGACAUGUUUUGUUGGCGGUGAGGAACGACGAAGAGCUGGGAAAACUGUUAGCUGGCGUGACCAUUGCUCAUGGUGGUGUGUUGCCAAAUAUCAAUCCCGUUCUGCUGCCUAAGAAGUCUGAAAAGGCCACCACAGAAUCUAAGUCCCCAUCCAAAGCCACAAAGUCCCCUAAGAAGUCUUGAAUUGCCUUAACAGUGACUUGAACGUUCAUCUCUGUGUACGUAGUUGUGUCUGUAGUGUAACUUGUAUGGAGAUCUAUUCGAUAAAAUUGUAGGCACAUGGCAAUUACUGUUUUAUUAUCCGUGUAGAACUCUUGUUGCAUUCUAAUGAAAUGACAAGGGCUUAAUCCUCUA